AUGAAAGUUGUUGCAAUAAUUAUUAAGUGGUGUUGAAAAACUGGCUAACAAUGGCUGAUUGCAAGGUUAACGAAAUAUUUCGGGGUGAGGUGUCCUCGGUGCAAAAUUACGGAGCCUUCAUUAAAAUACCCGGCUGUCCUCAACAGGGCUUAGUUCAUAAGACUCAGGUAAGUGCGUCGCACGUCGAUGACGUAGCUGAUGUUUUGCAGAAAGGUGAUAAAAUUUGGUGUAAGACAAUAUCAAUAAACGAUGAGGGAAAAAUUGCGUUGUCCAUGAAGUACGUGAAUCAGGGAAAUGGAAAGGAUUUGGAUCCCAAUGGUGUGCAAAUGCACUUGGACGACCAAAAAAGAAAGACUAUGAGCAACAGGCAAGAGAAAAAAGCAAUAGUUCUCGAUGCAGUGUACAAAACUACCUGUUCAAAGUGUAAGACUCCCGGCCACCUAGCCAGGGACUGUUUUUCCACCCCUGACGGUAAAAAGUAUGAACUUAUACCAGAAAUUGAUGACAUAGAAAUUUCUCCUCCACCGCAACCUCAGUCAGUGGUGCAAGAUGAGAGCAAGUCAAAAGAGAAAGAAAAAAAACAUAAAUCCAAGAAAUCGAAAAAGAGGAAAAAGAACAAAUCAUCUCACAAAGAUUCAUCCGAUGAAGAUGAAAAUGACUGCUCCGAUGAAAAAAAGAAGAAGAAAAAGAAAAAGUCCAAGGAAUCCAAACACAAAAAGAAGAAAAGACACCAUAGUUCAAGUGACAGUGACUCAUCAGAGUGUGACUCUAAUUCAGAUAAGCAGCAUUCAAAAAAGUGUAAACGCUCCAAAGAAAAACAUGGAGAUGGAGUUUGAAGUAUGAAAUAUGCACUGCUGUAUAGUAUUGAAUACUGUAAAAUAUACUUUUUUUUUUUAAA